AUGGCUGUACAAGUACGGCCAGUACAUGACUCGUCAAUGUUGUCACAGCAACUGCCAGAACAAAUAAGAAAAGCAUCCCUUAUUGAAUUGACGACUAUGAAAGAAAAGAAUAACAAUAAUAGUAUCAAUAGUGUCGACACAGAUCAAAAUAAAAGCUUUUCUAGUAUACUUUCCUUUAAUGAACAAGCAAAGGAAAAGCACAUGCACCUGGAGUCGGAAAUCAAUGGGAAAGGAAAACAACAGCAACAAGAACUAGAACAUGAGCAUGAUGACUAUGAAGUGGAGGAGGAGGGUGACGAAGCACAAAGAAUUGAGUUUGGAAGUGUACCAGGGGCAAAUCAUCUCACAGAUCAAAAUGGGAUACAUUCCUCAACAGAUGCCGAAGCCGUCCAAGAAUAUUUUCCUUCCAAUUUUCCACAUCUUUUAAAUCAUAAGCUACGAUCAAGUGGUAAUUCUAAAUCAACCGAAAGUCUACAACUGAGAUCAAAUCAAGUUCCUGGUAGUAUCACGCCUCCACAUCAUCAGAUGGGACAUUUGACAGAAUCACAUUCCCAAUCUCCUUUAGAUCAUUAUUCUAUAAAUAACAACAUCAGACUACCUAAAAUACAGGGUCCCAAGAAAUCAUUAGUGAACAAUGCAUCUGGAACUAAUUUGAAUGUUUACCUACGAGGAAAUCGAAGACAUUCAUUAACAUCCGCCCCAAUCACCGAGUUAUUAACCAGUCCCAAAUUGAAGAAAGCGACUACCAGUGGUCUAUUAGAUUCGAGAUAUGGUAAUAAGUCAAACAAUAAAAAUGGACAUAUUCCUAAUACUGCAUCGCCGUUGGCAGAAAAGAAGAAUAGAUUGGUUGAUCAGUUUUAUAAUUCAAGUCGAGUAACAUCACCAAAUAGUCGAGCAGAUUUACCCAGUUUAUUAAAAGAUCACCAUCAAUUGUCUAAAUCACCGAGUAUGCAGCAGAUAUCGGCACCAUUGACAACUCCAGUUGUUGAAAGAAGGGUGUUGAAUUGGAAGGAAGAGAGCUUGGAACCAAAGGAAACAAUGGAUCUACAUACAUUCAAUAAUGGUUCUUUUCUACUCAGUGACGAAGUUGUUGAUCAUAUGUUGAACAAUGGCGGGUUUGGAUUUAAUUAUGAUCACAACCAAAUAAUUGAAGAUGACGAGUUGUUAAAUUAUUUAUUGAAUAUUGAUAAUAUUAUAGAUCAUAGGACUGAUGGAAGCACGAAUUCAACUAAGGCAUUUGAUCAAUUGAGUCAAAUCAUGGCUAAUAUUUCCGACAAAUCGUUGACCAGAGCAAGAACAGUAUUGAUGCCAAACAAACGGAAUGCACCAGAUGCUUUGAAAGAAUUGGACCGGAUUGAUCUUUAUUUACAAAAUUUACAGACCACAACACAAGAGAUGUGUGAAACUUUGAGUUCAAAUCUUGACCGUGUCACUGACGCAUAUAAGAAUGAAAUUCACGAGAAUGUAAUUAGAUUAAACCAAGUUUCUGAUGAGUUGAAGAUGUUGGAGAACAAAUCUGAUAUGUUCAAAGAGAAGAUUAAAGAGCAGAAAUCAAGCAAAAUGAAUGAUAUGAUGGAGAAUUUAGACAUGUUGGAUGAUAUUAAUAACAAAUUACAAAAGUUCUCUGACGUUAAAAAACAAAGAUUUGUUAUUCGAAUCAAUGUUAUUUGUGGACUUUUUAUAUUAGUUAUUAGCAUUUACUAUGCAUACUUUGGAAAGCAAAAAUGA